AUGGCUGCUAGCGUCUGGGGCAGUUUCUUCAAUGACUCUAACGAGGACAUCGCCCAACUUUCUCCGAGACUGACGCGCCCGGGGAGCCAAGAUGACGGUAUGGGUUUUCCGAGGGACGAUAGACGACCGUCGAUGGCGAGCGCCACCACGGUGAGCAGUACAGGCUCCAAGUCGAGCGGAACCCGUGCAGGGUACCACAAGCGCCUACAAAAUGUUUUCGGUGAAGAUUUCCCCCAGGAUUCACGCCAGAACUCGGAUACGAGCUUGCCGGCGCCAUAUGUGACCGAAUCGCAGUCGGUGCGUGGGGGUCGAAAUCGCGCGAAUUCGCAAAACAACACGUUGGGCAGCUUCAACAGCAGACCCAAUUCGCCUGCCAGUUCGCGACCGCGGACGCCGUUGCCUUCGUCAGAGGUGACGCCUUGGGAAUACCAAGAUUACAAGGACCUCUCAUCGCAAGGCGAAAAUGGCCGCCCAUCUGCCGAUCAGCAAUCCAUCAAGUCGAACAAAGGUUCACAUCACCACCACAAGCUGAAGUUUCCGGGCCAUCGUCACCACCGGAGCAAAGAAGAGAACAAGUCAACUGAGGCCCAAGCGCGUGUUGAAAUCAGCCAACCGUACCCAAUACGACCAGCCACGAGUCGAGAGGAUUCCACAUACAGUAUACGGCGAGACCAACAACAGCAGCCGCCGCAGGGUCAGUACGGCUCGUCGCUCGGAUCUGGACUUGUAUCCAAACCCAAUCUUCUCGCCCGCCCUCCAAGCCCGACUCCCAGCGCAUAUAGCGCAGUGUCUAGAGAUCCGACGUCGCAAAGAUCGCCGAGCACCGCGAAGGGCCCUCGCGGUUUCUUGGACCGCCUCAAGGGCAGGGGCAAGGCUGAUCGACAACCACAAGAGAACCUACAGAAUCUCCCGUCCUCUCAGGUCUCGCUGCAGCCAUCCAUCCAGUCCGCUAAGGGUCUGCCAACCGAUCAGAUGCCGGGAGCGUUCGGUUCCAAGGGUCGAAAGGGGACGGACAACUCCAAGGACAAGAUUGUCAAGGAAGGUAAACGAGAACAUGGCCGUUUCCCGCUUACGAGGCCAGGCCAUAGGAAACAGGCCGCCCCCGUUCCUGUUGAGCCACAGCCGCAACCUGCCGGAAAAGAUCCCAAUGAAGCAAAUGCGGAUGCAAACAAAAAUGACGCUGUAUGGUUCCUUGAUACCAAUCUGGAAUCUAUGGAAGGCAUCGUUGAUCCCCAGCACCAACAACCCAUGGCGACACCCAUUGGUGAGAAUCUGCCAAGCACCUCUUUGAGAGCGGACGACAUGAUAAGAGAGUCUAAAGACGAUGCCAAGUGGGAUAUUCCUGAAUCUUGGGGCGUUGUUACACAAGAAGGAAAGGGCGAUUCACCCCACGCAGAGCUUGACGAAGCCGAAGCCGUGUCCAAAGAAGAAGACGGCAACAGGACGUACUGUGUCCGCAUAUUCAGGGUAGAUUCGACCUUUGCAACACUGUCGGCCACCUUAAACACGACAGUCUCCGAGAUCAUCCAGAUAUUAGGCAAGAAAACUCUGCUGCAAGAUGAAUUGAACAACUAUCACAUUGUCAUGCGAAAACAUGACACUUCCCGGCAACUCGACGCGAAAGAACGACCCUUGCUAAUACAGAAGCGACUGUUGGAACAAGCGGGCUACUCUGAUUCGGAUCGUCUUGAAGAUCUUGGACGUGAAGACAACAGCUACCUGUGCCGAUUCACCUUCAUCCCAGCGAAGCUAAGCGGGUAUUCUAGCCUCGGAAAGGACCCGGGCUUCACCAAGAUGCAGAAGUUCAGCCACAUCGAUCUACAGGGACGCAACUUGAUUACGAUACCCAUCGCACUUUACCAAAAAGCUACGGAGAUAAUAUCUCUCAAUCUUUCACGGAAUUUGUCAUUGGCUGUACCGAAAGAUUUCAUACAGGCGUGCACCAACCUCCGAGAGAUCAAGUACACGAGCAAUGAGGCGCGGCGACUCCCUCCAAGCUUGAGCCUCGCAAGCCGCUUGACCAUGUUGGACAUCUCUAACAACCGUCUGAAGGACCUCGAAGACGUUCAGCUGCAUCGUCUCCAGAGUCUUCAAGGCUUGAGGCUCUCUAACAACAGAUUGACGAGAUUGCCGGCGUACUUUGGUCAAUACCGGGCCUUGAGAAGCCUCAACCUAAGUUCGAAUUCACUUAACGAGUUUCCGGACUUCUUGUGCGAUGUGCGAACGCUUGUGGACCUUGACAUCAGUUUCAACUCCAUCAGUAGUCUGCCUAAGAUCGGCCAGCUUACAUGUCUGGAGCGGUUAUGGGCUACAAACAACAAGCUCUCUGGUAGCUUUCCGGGUACACUGAGCAAUCUUGUGAACCUCAGGGAGAUCGACGUACGAUUCAACGCACUCAACAGCAUGGAUGUCAUGUCUCAUCUACCGCGAUUGGAAUAUCUCAUGAUCGGUCACAAUUCCAUUUCAGCUUUUGAAGGCUAUUUCCCUAAGAUACGAGUUUUGCAUAUGAACCACAAUCCACUAACAAGGUUUGGCAUGGUCCAGUCCGUACCUUCAUUAACCGUACUCAAUCUGGCUUCCGGGAAACUAGCUGCACUGCCAGAGGAACUGUUUCCUCGGAUCACUGGACUGACCAAACUCAUUUUGGACAAAAAUCAUUUCAGUGCACUUUCGACAAGCAUUGGAAGGCUCAUUAGAUUGGAACACUUGAGCGUAGCCCGCAACUCUUUAGAUGAGAUUCCAACUGAAAUUGGUCGACUGGCCGAACUCAAGUAUCUGGACGUGCGAGAGAACAACUUGGGCCGGCUCCCCGCUGAGAUAUGGUACGCGCGCCGUUUGGAGACGCUCAAUGUAUCUUCCAACGUGCUCGAUGGUUUUCCGAAGCCAAGCACUGCUCCUCCACCUGCCCAAUUGAAUGGGGAGAACAACUUGGAUGGCCCCACGCCCGCGUCAACGGCCGGUCUGGGAACGAGCCCAAGCUACGAAGAACUAGGGAAGUUGGAAGAUUUCCAGAACCGUCGCCCUAGCCAAGCCUCUGCGGGCUACCUUAGCUCGGCUACGUCAACAGGACCUAAUCAGCGUAAGGGUUCUAUAGCGUCUUAUAAUUCUACUAGCACCACGAACACCGCGAGGAAGCCGUCGGUUAUGGCAAGAACACCAACUGAGGGAACUAUAACCCCCGUUUCCCGCAAAGACUCCAGUCUUUCCAAUAGGAUGGUAACGACGUUUGCGGGAUCCUUACGGCAUCUUUUCUUGGCCGACAACCGACUGGAGGACAACGUUUUUGAUGAACUAUGCUUGCUUCCAGAACUACGCAUCGUAAACCUGUCAUACAACCUCAUCUACGAUGUUCCUCCACGAACCAUUCGCCGAUGGCAACACUUGGCCGAGCUGUAUCUCUCUGGAAAUGACUUGACAUCCUUACCCUCUGAAGACCUAGAAGAAGUCACCUCGCUGAAGGUGCUGCACAUUAACAGCAAUAAGUUCCAGGUUCUCCCAGCAGAGUUAGGGAAGGUGGCAAAGCUGGCUAUCCUUGAUGUCGCCAGCAACGCCCUGAAGUACAAUGUCUCAAACUGGCCCUACGACUGGAACUGGAACUGGAAUCAUAACUUGAAGUACCUCAAUUUGUCCGGUAACAAGCGCCUAGAGAUCAAGCCGAGCGGUGACUACAUGCGUCGCGGAGAGGGACGAGAUCUCACUGACUUCACUUCUCUCAUCAACCUGAGGGUACUUGGUCUAAUGGAUGUCACGAUGAUGGUACCGUCAGUCCCCGAACAAUCCGAAGACCGAAGAGUGCGAACCGCCGGCUCAGCUGUGGGCUCCAUGGCGUACGGUAUGGCAGAUAGCUUGGGAAGAAGUGAGCAUAUCUCUACGAUGGACAUGGUGAUACCUCGCUUCCGAAGCAACGAUAAUGAACAGAUACUUGGUCUUUUCGACGGUCAAGCCCUCACUGGUGGCGGGUCAAAGAUUGCGAAAUACCUUUACGACAACUUCAAGAUCCGGUUCGCAGAGGAGUUGGGAAAGCUACGACCUCAGGAGAGUCCAAUGGACGCCCUUCGUCGUACAUACCUGGGUCUCAACAAGGAACUGGCCCUAGCGGCAAAUCAUUGCAUUGAGAAGAAUGCCGGACUGCCCUCCAUACAGCCACGUGGCUCAUUGCCCGAUCUUGGUGAGGAGGAUAUGACUUCUGGAAGUGUCGCCACGGUUGUAUACCUCAAGGAUAUGGAGCUGUACCUUUCAAAUGUAGGCGAUGCUCAGGCGCUUCUCAUUCAAACGAAUGGCGACAAGAAAAUCCUUACUCGAAAACACGACCCUGCUGAGCCGUACGAAAGGACGAGGAUACGUGAGGCUGGUGGGUUCGUAUCACGGCAGGGAAAGCUAAACGAUGUCCUCGAAGUCUCUCGGGCCUUUGGCUACGUACACAUGUCACCUUCCGUCAUCGCCUCACCACACAUUGCUCACGUCACGCUGAGCGAUACUGAUGAGAUGAUUCUCAUUGCGUCCCGAGAACUUUGGGAAUAUCUCACUCCGGAUUUUGCAGUCGAUGUUGCUCGGUCUGAGCGGGACGACCUUAUGCGCGCGGCUCAGAAGCUUCGCGACCUCGCUAUCGCCUUUGGUGCUACAGAUAAGAUUAUGGUCAUGCUACUGGGAGUGAGCGACUUGAAGAGCAAGCAAAGAGCGAAAUACCGGACCCCAAGCAUGUCAAUGGGACCUAGUGGGUCGCCUGACGACUUCUUCCUGCGACCCAAAGGAAAGCGUGCACGCAACUUGCCCAACGACUCGAAACUGGCUCGUCUGGAUAAUGAAGUCGAUGCCCCGACUGGCGAAGUCAGCUUGGUCUUCACGGAUAUCAAAAGCUCUACCCUUCUCUGGGAAACGUAUCCGAUCGCAAUGAGGUCGGCUAUCAAAAUGCACAACGAGCUGAUGCGUCGGCAACUGCGCAUCAUUGGCGGCUACGAAGUCAAGACUGAAGGUGACGCCUUCAUGGUGGCCUUCCCAACAGUCACGUCGGCUCUCCUUUGGUGUUUUACCAUCCAGAGCCAACUCCUAGAAGUGCCAUGGCCUCAAGAGAUUCUCAACAGUGUGAAUGGUCAAGAAGUCGUCGACCCGAACGGCAACGUCAUUUUCCGCGGUCUGUCCGUCCGUAUGGGUAUUCAUUGGGGCACACCGGUGUGCGAAGUCGAUCCAGUCACGAAGCGUAUGGACUAUUUUGGCCCGAUGGUUAAUCGAGCUUCGCGUAUCUCGUCUGUCGCCGAUGGUGGCCAGAUUACUGUGUCGUCAGAUUUUAUCGCAGAGAUUCAACGGCUUCUCGAGACCCACAUUGAAGGUGAUCGAAGCAACUCGAUAGGUUCUGAGGAACAGUACGGCGAUGACCAGUUAUCCCAGGCGAUUCGUCAAGAACUACGGUCACUGAGUAGCCAGGGUUUUGAAGUAAAGGACUUGGGCGAACGUCGCUUGAAGGGUCUUGAAAACCCUGAAUACAUCUAUCUGAUGUACCCUCAUUCCCUCGCCAGCCGUCUCGACGUGCAACGGCAACUCGAGCAGAAAUCAGCGCAACAAUCUGCCCCAGGCGCUGGACAAAAGAUGCCGGGCAGCCAGCUUACCAUUGACACGGAAAAUGUCUGGGAUCUUUGGAAUGUCAGUCUUCGUCUGGAGAUGUUAUGCAGUUCGCUAGAGAAUCCCGAUUCUCACGAAUUAAAGCCGCCGGAAACCGCUCUCCUAGAGAGGAUGAAGAACAGGGGAGGCGAGAUUACGGACAGAUUCUUGAUCAACUUCGUUGAGCACCAGAUCUCAAGAAUCGAGACGUGCACGACUACCUUGGCUCUCAGACACAUGGUUCGACCAUUCGGGCAAACCCCGAAAUUGCAGCAAGCAUGCCCCAUGUCCGACAUCCUCAGCGAGCUCCAGGUCCAACUUGCCGAGCUGCAGCAGUUCAAGCAAGAGGCCGCUUCAGAAUUCGCAUCUGCUUAA